CAAAACGCGUCUUCCGACGACUUUCCUGUGGGCCCUCAAUUCACCCCCAUUAUAUUCUCCCACUUCUCAACCCUUCUUUCAGCUCCUGUAACUGCAUCAAACCUCAUCAAAUCUCGUUUGAGUUGAGUUGAUUGUACGGACCCUUAUUCAAAGAACGAAGCUUUAAUGGCGGAAAACGGUGAACAGAAACUUAUUGCCGUUGCUCGACAUAUAGCAAAUACUCUGGGCCAUACCGACACCAUGACUGAUGAUAUUCUCAAGAUAUUCUCUAACUUCGACGGGAGAUUACGUGAAAAGUUAACGGAAAAACUUUCCGAUGAAGACCCACGUGAUUGCGCCACACUGGAACAUACCCUCAAGUCUUUGGACCGUCAGAUCUCCCGUUAUGUGGCGUCUGACCAACUCAUUUGGUCAGAUUCUGCUGAUUCGUCGUCCUUUCUUGAUUCCGUGGAUCAAUUGAUAUCUGCCAUACGGGAUUGGAACCAGUUAGCUGAUGACAAGAACAUCGCUACUUGUCUCGACCGGGCGGAGGAUUUGCUGCAACAGUCAAUGUUCCGUUUGGAGGAUGAGUUUAGGAGCCUAGUGGAACGCGGCGCCGAGUCUUUUGACUUGACUCAUAGCGAGUCUACCCAUCUUGAUAGCGCAGAUGAGGAUGAAUCUGGUGAGGAAGAUGGUGAUGGGAAUGAAAUCCCCGUGGCGCAUCCGAUUACGGACUAUAAUAUAAUAAUUGAUGCUUUACCGGCAGGAACUAUAGGGGACUUGCAGGAGAUCGCAAAAAGGAUGGUCGCUGCUGGGUACGGGAAGGAGUGCUCCCACGCGUAUAGCGCGUGCCGGAGAGAAUUCUUGGAGGAGAGUUUGGCAAGGUUGGGCCUUCAAAAGCUGAGCAUUGAUGAGGUCCAGAAAUUGCAGUGGACUCAAUUAGAAGACGAGAUUGAGAAAUGGAUCAAAGCCAUUAAUGUCGCACUUCGAAUUCUCUUCCCAAGUGAGCGUCGCCUCUGUGAUCGCGUGUUUUUGGGGUUCUCCUCGGCUGCUGAUUUAUCCUUUAUGGAAGUGUGCAGAGGAUCAACCAUUCAGCUACUGAAUUUCGCAGAUGCAGUUGCAAUAGGUAGCCGUGCACCGGAGCGGCUUUUUAAGGUGCUGGAUGUGUAUGAAACGGUAAGGGAUUUGUUGCCUGAAUUUGAGUUAAUUUUUUCUGAUCAAUACUGUAUAACUUUAAGGAAUGAAGCAGUAACUAUAUGGAAAAGACUAGGAGAGGUUAUUAGAGGAAUAUUUAUGGAGUUAGAGAAUUUGAUCCGCCGGGACCCAGCCAAGGCUGCAGUUCCCGGUGGUGGGCUACAUCCCAUAACUCGAUAUGUGAUGAAUUAUCUUCGGGCUGCAUGUCGCUCUCGACAAUCCUUAGAACAGAUCUUUGGGGAGAGUAUUGCACCACCUGGUAGCAAUGUUGAUUACAGGAAAGGGGAUGAUAGGGUAUUGUCCUCAUCGUUGGCGGUGCAAAUGGAAUGGAUUAUGGAGUUGUUGGAGAGUAAUUUGGAGGCAAAGUCAAAAAUUUAUCGGGAAUCUGCUUUAUGCUCUGUAUUUAUGAUGAAUAAUGUGAAGUAUAUUGUGCAAAAAGUGAAAGAUAGUGAAUUGGGGACGCUGUUGGGGAAUGAUUGGAUUAAGAAACACAAUGCAAAGAUAAGACAAUAUCAUGUGAAUUAUCAAAGGAGUUCAUGGGGCAAGGUUUUGGGAGUUCUGAAGGUUGAUAAUAAUUCUCUGUCUCCUAAUGGAGCUUCAAAGAGUUUGAAAUUAUUCUAUUCAUACUUUGAGGAGAUCUGCAAAACCCAGUCUUCGUGGGUGAUCUUUGAUGAGCAGUUGAGAGACGAUUUGAGGAAUUCAGUUUCUGGGACUUUAUCUCCGGCGUACGGCAAAUUCAUUGGCAGAUUGCAGAAUGCUCCAGAUCCCGCAAACCAUCCGGAUAGGCAUAUCAAGUACAGCGUGGAGGAUAUAGUGGCUCGAAUCAACAAGUUGUUUCAAGGAAGUGACAGUAGCAGAAGGUGAGACCAGACCUAGUAAGAAAACGAUCUGUUGCCGUAUCAUGUAUACUUUUUGUAGUUUGUGAAAGUUUGAUUGGAUGUUAAUGUCAUCUUGUUGUAGUAUGGUCUUUGCUUUGCUCUAUCUUUUAAGCUCUUUGCACACAACUUGUAUGUUGUAGUUGAAAUCAUGGCAUUUUGUAACAAGAUAUAUGAUUAUAUAGUUUAAUGACUCCAUUUGCUCGAA